GAGAGAAAAAGAGAGAGAGGAGGAGGGGGGGGGAGCGAAAAUAGCAAGGCGCUCGCACACAGGAAAAAAAGAUGGCUGAUGAAUUCGCUGCAAAAUGAUUCAGACAAUAACAUCGGAUCGCCACCCUGGAAAGAGGCGAGAACUGUUGAUUAAACUGAGAGAUCGGGAAAAGAAACCGGCGGAGGAGAGGAAAUAAAAACAAAACGACAUAAAGAGAGAGAGAGGGAGAGACGGAGACAGACCGAGAGAAAACAGAGAGAGAGGGAGAGAAAGGGAGAGAGAGAGAGAGAGCGGCUAAAGAAAGAAAGAACGAUUCUGGAGAGCCAGCGAAGCACAGCGAAGCACAGUGUAACAAAGUAGCGCGUUUUGCAAUUAAAAAAACAGUUAUCUUAUUAUUAGGAGAACAUUAUUAUUAUUAUUAUUAUUGUUAUUAUUAUUAUUAUUAUUAUCAUUUGCAUAACUGCAGGCCUCUCAGAUCGAGGAGAGGAAAGAGAGGAGGAGAGAGAGAGAGAGGGAGGAGAGGAGAGGAGAGGACGCACCACCAUCCUUCUGACGAGGAGACUGCUUGAAAAUUAUUUUUUUUAAAUAACGAUAUUAUUGUAGCGGGUCGGUUCGGUCCAACGGAACCGCGACUCUCUCCAUGGAUAGGAAUUAUCCAGGGGCCGGGUUCGGUGAUCUCAGCGGCGGGGGAGGAUGGACCUACGACCGUUCUGCAAAAGCGAGUCUUGUCUAUAGUGGUUCUCGAUCCUCUCUCCCAGACUCUGAUCUCCUCCACAGACAGGCCUAUGCUUCACCACACCCCCUCCAGGGCUAUGCAACCAAUCACCAUCCAGCAGGCCUCUCUGGUCUGUUUGAGACGGGGCUCCAUCAUGCUAGUUCAGGGGCCCCUGAUGCCUCUGUGAUGAAUCUCAUUUCAGCCCUCGAGUCCAGGGGCCCCCAGCCUGGCCCCUCUGCCUCCUCCUUGCUCUCCCAGUUCAGAACCCCCUCCUGGCAAACUGCUCCAGCUGAACUCUUUAUCUCUGGAGCUCUGCCAGGCUCUGGCUCAUUCCCUCCUCCUCGGCCUCUCAGCUAUCAGCACCCGGCCUCCUUCAGUGGGCGGAGCUUCCCGGGGGUGACCUCGUCGCUCUCCCUCCAGGACCACGCCUCCAGCUUCAGCCCCGCCUCCAACGGCCUCUUGUCCCCUCACCAUGACUCUCUGCUCCAUAUCAAAACGUCUGCCGGCCAGCCCUCUGCCCUCGGGUUCGACCGUCUCCUGUCCUCCCAGGGUCCGGCUUACCGGGGGUCCCAGGACCCCUCGUCGGCUCCCCCCCCCACGCACCCUCCCCCCCCAGCCCCCCCCAGGCACCUCUCCUCGGCUCACCAGUUCAAUCUGCUCUCCUCCCAGUUGCAAGACCAGUCGUCCCAGCUCUACAACGCCUCUGUGUUCUCCAGCGCCCCCCCCGCCUCCCCCACCCCCCCCCCCUCCCCCGCCCACUCCGCCAUCGAGAGGGCCAUGCCCAGACAGGACAGUGUGAUCAAACACUACCAACGCCCCUCCCCCUCCGCGGUGACCGCCUCCCACUCCCUGCAACACUACCUGAGCUGCGGCGCCACCAGCUACCAGCAGAUGGCAGCAGCGCAACACCAACAGCACCAACAGCAGCAGCAGCAGCAGCAGCAGCACCAACAGCAACACCCACACCCACAUCACCAGCAGCAUCACCCACCCAGCCUGAGCUGCAGUCCCCUGACCGACCACAGCCCUCUGGGGGGCGCUAGCGGUGCCGGCGCCGAGAAGCCGAACCAGAGAGCAGAACAGCAAAAGCAAGGAUACCGGCCCAUCAUCCAGCCGUCCCCGGCUUACGCGCCCAGCAGCAGCUCCGCGUCCAGCCUGUCUGCGGGAGGAGGGGGCGUGGUCUGCAAGGCGAAAGGGGGCGGGGCUUCGGGAAGCUCCUCGAGCGGCUAUUCCACUUCCUCCUCCGUCGGUUCCUCCUCCUCUUCCUCCUCGUCCUCCUCCUCCUCUUCGUCCUCCUCUUCGAAUUCCAGGCAGACCCCUAACCCCCCCACCACCCCAACUUCCUCCUCGUCCUCCAGUUCCGCGGCCCCUCCUCCCUCUUCAACCGCCCCUUCCUCCUCUACCUCCUCCACCACCUCCUCUUCCUCCUCCUCCUCCACUCGUCCCCCUCCCUCCUCUUCCUCGUCUGCCGCCCAGGGGAGUUACGGAUCGCCGGCCCCUCAGCUCUCCAGCCACACCCCCCCGCCCCCACCCCCCUCCCACCACCACCAGAACCAGCACCAGCACCAGCACCAGCAGACCCAAGGAGGACCGGCCUGCUAUUCCCCGGGCCAGCCUCCCAACGCGGCCUCCCUCCUCUCCCAACAGCACAGCUACGUUCCAGCGGGGUUCAACUCCCCCAGGGCUCAGGAUCUGAGCGGCGGCAGUGGUGGGGGGGGGCGGCCCCUCCUCCUCCUCUGCGGGGGGGCCAGCGGGAGGGGGAGGGGGAGGGGGGGGGUCGUCCGCCAGCCAGAAGGCUUACCUGAGCGGUUUCGGGUCCGACGUGGUUUACGGGAUGCAGUCGGACUCCGCUCAGGGCGGUUACGCCUCCUCUGCUUCCUCCUCCUCCACCUCCCUCGCUCACCCGGGCUCUGGAGACGGGAGCCCUUCCCUGGUUACUCCGGACACUCCCCGGCCCUGGUGCCGGGCUCCGGCGCGGCGUACCCCCCCCACCUGGACUCCAGCCCCUCCCCUUCCGGCUCGACCCACGGGGGGAUCGUCCGCCCGGGUCUGCGGUCUCCCCCCGGCAGCCGUCUCUCUCAGUCGCCCUCGCACCCCAAAUACCUCUCCUCCGUCCUCUCCCCUUCCUUCCUGGCUUCCCCUCAGCAAGGGAGUUACCCCACGGCCGCCGACUCCAGAGGGGUCCCCCAAACCUACCACCACCCGCCCCCCCCCUCCGGCCCCUUCCUCCUCCGCCUCCACCACCACGGCCUCUUCCUCUGGCGGGAAACUCAACCCGGGAGGCAGGCGGGCGACAGGGUGGAAGAAGAUGACGAAGAAGAGGAAGAAGAAGAAGGAGGAGAAGCCGAUUUCUUGAUCCAGCACCUCCUCCAGUCGCAGAACCCGCCCCCGGGGAGCCACCGGCCAAUGGGAUGCCGGAGAGCGGCGAGGGCGGCAGGGGGGCCGUCCCUGAAGGGGCUGGCGGGGUACGAGAUGGGGAAAGGUUCGAGCGAGGAGAGGCGCCACCUGCAGAGCGUGAUCCGGACCCACAGCGGCAGGAGACAGGGCGGCGCGGCCGAUCCGGAGACCGCUUCCCUGGAGAGGCACUUCGAGAUGAUGAAGGGAGGCACGGGCGACCACAAGAAGAAGGAUCCCAUGAGGCUCUACGAUGCCCCCCCCGCUGCUCUACCAGCACCCCCAGCUGCUGCACCCCCUCCACCACCCCCACCAGCCCCACCACCCUCCCUCCCAGCAGGACCCCCUCGGCUCGGUGCUGCAUUACAACCGGGGGGACCUCUACUCUUCCUCCCCUCCCGGAUCGUCGUCCUCCUCUUCGUCGCACCCCCCGAGUCAGAGAAGCCGGUCAAGCAGGACAACUAUCAUGGGAAAGCCCCUCGGACACCUUCCUCCUCCUCCUCCUCCUCCUCCUCCUCCUCUUCCUCUUCUGAAGCUCUGACUGCGCAACAACAGCAACAUAAUAAUAUUAACAGUGGCAGCUUGUCAAACGAGCUCCUGCACUCUGUUCUGACUCACACCACGGCCGCCAGCUCCCCCUCCGGAGACCCCCAGGACAGGAAGACCGCUGCCCUGGACCAGCUCGGCCACCUCCAGCUCUCCCACCACCUGAUGCAGACGCAGAGACUGGGAGCGGGAGGCGGGGGAGACAGCCCUCGUCACUCCCCGGUCUCUCAGCUCCAGCUCCAGCUCCAUCACUCCCAGGCGCUGGAGGCUCAUCUCCGGGCUCAGUCGAUGGAACAGCUGCUGGAGAUUUCCGGGAACGGGGGGGAGGGUGGUGAAGGGGGAGGGGGUCACCCCCAUCCCCACCCCCAUCAGCAGCAGCACAGACCCCCCCCUCCCCAGACAGCAGCACCCAACCUUUCUCCAUUCCCAUCACCUCCACCACCCUCCUCACCUGCAUCUCCAGAGCUCCCCUCAAACGGUCCUCCAGCAGGCCGACAUCCAAGACUUUUUAGGGGACCCGAGCUCGGUUUGGGGGGAGGGGGGCAGCAGCAGCAGCAGCAGCAGCAGCAGCAGCAGCAGCAGCAGCUCCACCCCCACCCCCACCCUCCUCCCGCCCCUGCCCCCACCCAACCCCAAAUGCACGCGAUCCGUCAGCAACUCAUGCAGUCUCACCACCAGCAACACCAGCUUCAAAACCAUCACCACGCCACGCAGAGAGGAGGCGGAGCGGGAGCGGGAGGGGGAGGGGAACAGCAGGGGGGCGGGUGCGGGGACCCCCGGGACCCCCGGGACGGUAUGAAGGAGCACCAGUUCCACCCCGACAGCCCUGCGGCUGCCAAGCAGCAGAGAUUCGUCCCCCUGACUUCCAUGUGCUUCCCGGACUCUCUGCUCCAGGAGGAGGUGCAGAUGGAGGAGGAACGCUCCUUC